AUGUCUUCAACGCGGACGACGGUGACGCGGACGACAAUUGACAACAUCGGCAUUCUAAAUCAGCCAAUAUACACAUUAACGAAAUGCUUCUGCCUGUGGAAGAUAGUUUUGCUCCUGAUUGUGCUCGCCAGCCCGGGACCAGGGUACGACACGUCAACAGCACUGCUUCUCUCGCCCGAAGAGGAACAUGCUCGUAACUCUGCCGGGACGGUGGAAUGGCUGAUAUCGCAUGUUGCGCAUAAGGUAGCGAGGUGGGAUUCGAUUUACUUCCUGAAGAUCGCGCAGAGAGGUUAUGUGUUUGAGCAGGAAUGGGCGUUUGGGUAUGGGUAUACGAGGCUUCUAUCAUUUAUACUCCCUGCAUCCCUGAGGAGCCUGCAGAACCUUGCCGUGGCUGGUGUCGUCCUUUCGCAUCUAUGCCAUUAUCUAUCAGUCCUGGUGCUUUACAGGCUAUCUCGGGCCAUAUUCAAGAGUGAUGGACAAAAGUCCGAUGCAUUGCCAUUCCUAGCAUCGGCACUGCACAUCGUCAGUCCUGCAGGCGCCUUUCUUUCUGCACCUUACAUGGAGGCGCCGUUUUCGUUUCUCAAUUUCUCGGGUUAUUAUAUGUUCAUUACCGCGCUCAACGAUGAACGUCGAGGGAGCUUCUACCUGCGAGAUGCUAAAUUUCUCUCUGCCGGUGCGUUGUUCGCCGUUGCAACGGCCGUACGGAGUAACGGGCUGCUUAGUGGCCUGUUGUUCGUCUAUGACGCUGUGUUUGGACUGCACCAGCUAUUUACGCAUGGCCUGUCAUGGCAUGUACUACGACGCCUGGCCAUGAUAGGCGCAGGUGGUAGUCUGAUUCUGAUAGGGAUCGUUGGGCCGCAAUAUGUGGCAUAUAAAGAGUUCUGUCUGGCGGAAGUUUCGCGGCCGUGGUGCAGUCGCCUGUUACCAAGUAUCUACACUUGGGUUCAGGCAUAUUACUGCUCCGAUCAAAGGAAUGUGGGCUUUUUGAGAUAUUGGACCUUUUCGAAUCUCCCUCUAUUCUGUAUAGCGGCUCCGGCGAUAUGUAUACUCGUGUAUUCCGGUAUACGAGUAUGGGCGACCCUGCUACCGAUGCUUGCUGAGCCAGGGCAGAAGGACGGAGGAGAAACCAAAGCCGACUCUGACUCGAGCUACAGCCUCAGAUACCAGGCCAGACUUGCAUUACCUCAAGUAGUGCUCGCGCUCCUGGCAGUCACAAACUACCACAUCCAGAUCGUGAACCGAAUCUCGUCAGGCUAUCCGCUCUGGUACUGGUUUCUGGCGUCCUGCCUGGUGAGCGAGAAAAGAAAUUCCACGACCUUGCCGCGCUGGCUGAGUUCUCACGUAAUCCUGCGUGUGACCGUGAUGUAUGGGCUCGUCCAGGCGUGUCUGUUCGCCUCGUUUCUCCCUCCAGCAUAG